UUAUGCUCUCUCUCUCUCUCUCUUUCUCUUUUAUCAUUUCUCUCAUCUGAACAUACACUUAUAACAAAGGCGGCCGCAUUAAAAGUUCAAAACAGAGCAUUUUUUUAAGUAGACUUCUUCGUUAUUACACUACUCCUCAGUCACUCACUCACCAUUCUUAAGGAAUCAGAGCUCUUUACUCUCUCUCUCUCUGUCUCUCUUGCAUCCAAUCUUUCCCAUUCUCUCUCUCUCUCGUCUUUGUGGCUCUCUUUAUCAUUUUAAGACUCUUGCGUUUGCUUCGGAGGUUGGAGAACGAGACAGAACUAAAGUCUCUCUGUUUCUUCUCAGACAAAAAGGAUAAAAAAAGCUAAUGUCGGGUGAGAAACAAGCGGAGGAGGCAAUAGUAGUCGCCGAGGAGGAUGGGGUGGCCGGUAGAAAAGUGGAAGAUUCAACGGCGGAGGAGGAUAUAGACCGCGGCGGCGAUGGAUUUAGUAUGAAGAGCUUCCUCUGGCAUGGCGGGUCCGCUUGGGACGCUUGGUUUAGCUGUGCAUCCAAUCAAGUGGCACAGGUGCUGUUGACACUGCCGUAUUCGUUCUCGCAGCUGGGAAUGUUAUCAGGAAUAUUGCUUCAAAUAUUCUAUGGAUUAAUGGGAUCUUGGACUGCUUAUCUCAUCAGUGUUCUUUACGUCGAGUAUCGAGCCCGUAUGGAGAAACAAGAGGCCAAAUCCUUCAAAAACCACGUUAUUCAGUGGUUUGAAGUGCUUGAUGGGCUGCUGGGUCCGUACUGGAAAGCAGCGGGGCUCGCAUUUAAUUGCACCUUCUUGUUAUUCGGAUCAGUCAUCCAGCUCAUUGCUUGUGCUAGCAAUAUAUAUUACAUAAAUGAUAGGUUAGACAAGAGGACAUGGACUUAUAUAUUUGGUGCUUGUUGUGCCACGACCGUUUUCAUUCCAUCUUUCCAUAAUUACCGUAUUUGGUCUUUCCUCGGCCUUGCCAUGACCACCUACACCGCUUGGUACCUUACCAUCGCCGCUUUUCUCCAUGGCCAGGCGGAGGGUGUGACACAUUCCGGUCCGACCAAGCUUGUGUUGUACUUUACCGGUGCCACCAACAUCCUCUACACCUUCGGUGGACACGCUGUGACCGUGGAAAUAAUGCAUGCGAUGUGGAAACCAAGGAAGUUUAAGAGCAUCUACUUGAUGGCGACUCUGUACGUCUUCACGUUAACACUUCCGUCGGCCUCCGCCGUCUAUUGGGCUUUCGGCGACCAACUUCUCAACCACUCCAACGCUUUCUCUCUCCUCCCUAAAACGCGUUUCCGUGAUGCCGCCGUUAUCCUCAUGCUCAUCCAUCAGUUUAUAACAUUCGGGUUUGCGUGUACGCCAUUGUACUUCGUAUGGGAAAAAGCGAUCGGAAUGCACCACACGAAGAGCGUAUGCCUAAGAGCGCUGGUGAGGCUACCGGUGGUUGUUCCAAUAUGGUUUUUGGCCAUCAUUUUCCCGUUUUUCGGGCCAAUAAACUCGGCAGUUGGAGCCUUACUAGUUUCCUUCACCGUCUACAUCAUCCCUGCCUUAGCCCACAUGCUCACCUACCGCACCGCCUCUGCCCGCCGGAACGCGGCAGAGAAGCCACCGUUCUUUUUGCCCAGCUGGGUCGCAGUUUACGUGAUAAACGCUUUCGUGGUGGUUUGGGUCUUAGUUCUCGGGUUCGGUUUUGGCGGAUGGGCUAGCAUGACUAACUUCAUUAGGCAAAUUAACACUUUUGGCCUCUUUGCCCGAUGCUAUCAAUGCAAACCGCCGCCUCCUGCUCCGAUCACCGCUGGAGGUCACCACCGCCGUUAAAUUAAGCCGCUGCUAGUGACGUGUGAAAGUGUGAUCGUCUUUUGUAUAAAAGGAUAUACAUAUCUAUCUAUCUAUAUUUCAGAAAAUUUAGCCAUGCUAAAAAAAUUUGGUUAAAAUGAUUAGCGAGAUGGUGCCCUUUUUUUGUGUUUGUCACGUGGUAAUCUUUUAAGUUUUAUGACAAGACUAAUGUGUGU